AUGCCAGGUUCUCACAGCCUCCCCACAGGCCUCAACAACCUCGAAUACCCGCUGCUUGUGUGUGGACCCCCCGCCCCGGCCGAGGACACCAUCGCGCUGCUGGAGCGCCUGGCUGCUGCUGGCUACGCAAUUGUCCCCGCCAACGAGUUCCCGCCGCGCAUCGCCUUCACGCGCCGCGGCCUGCGCGCCGUCAUGAUUGGCAUCCGCUCUGCCGAGAGCACCCUGAAGCUGCUGCAGGCGCGCGAGAACAUGAUUGCCAAGAAAGACCGCGUGCUGGCCAAGCUUCUUAUGGUGGGCAACACCCCGGCCUUCUUCCUGUCCCCGGCAAGCAACAAGGCCCUCGGCGAGUCGGUGCUGCUCACUGACGGGGAGAGGGCGCCGCGGCUGGACGACCCCCGCAUCAGCGAAGUCAUGAUCAAGGCCCUCUUGAACAACAAGACCUACACGCAGGCACUGGAGGCCUUCUUCCCGCAGCUGCACCCCCUCCAGAAGGAGACCCGCGAAUCGGACGAGCGGCGCCCCGGCCAAAAACGCAACCGGCCGGAUGCUGCGAGCGGCAGGGACCAGGCUGGCGCCUGA